ACGCCCACCCCCAGACAUCCGCCAAUGAGCGUGCACUAUCCGGGCAACGUUGGCGCAGGAAGCCACGCCUACCAAGGAGAGCAGCUGCUUCCGGUGUCGGCGUGUGAGGGCAGGACGGGCGGAGCAGCGAGUACAGUUAAGGUCACCUCAGCAAGCAAUGGCAAACAUUUACCUCUUCUUGUGCCUUGGCCUUUGGGCGUCUUCUGCACUUUCCAAACCUACUGAAAAGAAAGAUCGUGUUCAUCAUGACCCCCAACUGAGUGAGAAGAUGCAUGAUGACUCGCAAAACUUUGAAUAUGACCAUGAUGCUUUUCUUGGAGCAGAAGAAGCCAAAACCUUUGACCAGCUGACACCAGAGGAGAGCAAGGAAAGGCUGGGAAAGAUUGUGGGUAAGAUAGAUGCAGACAAGGAUGGUCUUGUAACAGUCGAGGAGCUAAGGGAUUGGAUAAAAUUUGCACAGAAGAGGUGGAUUUAUGAGGACGUUGAGCGACAGUGGAAGGGUCAUGAUCUCAAUGGUGACAACCUGGUGUCUUGGGAGGAAUAUAAAAAUGCCACUUAUGGUUACAUACUCGAUGAUCCAGAUCCUGACAACAGUUUCAACUAUAAACAGAUGAUGGUUCGAGAUGAGCGGCGAUUUAAAAUGGCCGAUAAGGAUGGUGAUCUCAUUGCUACAAAAGAGGAGUUCACAGCAUUCCUGCACCCUGAAGAGUAUGACUACAUGAAAGAUAUAGUUGUGUUGGAAACAAUGGAAGAUAUUGACAAAAAUGGUGAUGGCGUGAUUGACCUGAAUGAAUAUAUAGGUGAUAUGUACAGUCAUGAUGGAGAUGCUGAAGAGCCAGAGUGGGUGAGAACGGAGAGAGAACAGUUUGUUGAGUUCAGAGACAAGAACCGUGAUGGCAAAAUGGAUAAAGAGGAAACCAAAGACUGGAUUCUACCCUCUGACUAUGACCAUGCUGAAGCUGAAGCUCGCCACCUUGUUUAUGAAUCGGAUCAAAACAAGGAUGGAAAACUCACGCGAGAGGAGAUUGUGGAUAAAUAUGACUUAUUCGUGGGUAGCCAGGCUACAGAUUUUGGAGAGGCACUGGUCAGGCAUGAUGAAUUCUAAAUAUGAGAGUGAUUGAUCCAUCUCUCCAGUGAUCCGGGAACCUCGCCCUUUUGUAGGGCUUCAGCGGGUGGAGAACAUAACUGAGAACAAAAGUAAUUUAUUGUGAACUGACUUUCUGAAACACGAGAAGAGGACACGUCGACUUUUCUGUCUUAAUUCUGCCUCACAUUGAUGACAACACUAUUUUUCUUUUUUUAUUUUAUCCCUGGGAUUUAUAUGCAGUGUUUAAGACACAUGAAUUUUAAGAGGUUAUUGCUGCCUAAUGUAUGAUCAUUGUCGAGAUUUACAGAAAUCUGAUGGUAAUCCCAUAGUGUCUUUGUUCAUGGCACUUAUAUGUUUUGUAAGAAUUAUGCAAGAACAGUCAUAAAGAACAAAUUGAUGUGGGAUUAUUCUAUUUGCCAGGGACCAGUAAUACAGGAUUCAGACCUUGACUAAGAGGUCUGUUUCUUUCACAGCCCAAACACAACCUAGAGCCUUAUUUGUGGUUUAGUAUUGUAUUCUUGCUCAGAGUAUUAUGUGAGGUUUUUAAUCCUUUUCAUAGAGGUCACUUUGCUGCCUAUUUACUUUUUAUAAAUUUUAUGUUACUGAAUGGCCUAUGGCUUUACAAGUCCAGAACUAGCUCAGUAUUGGCCCCCGGUUCAUUUCAUAUGUAUAUUGUUUUUCUUACUGUGCACAGAGCACUAGGUUAUUGUAGUUAGACUAUUACACAGUGAGUCCAAUAAUCCACACAAGAUGUUGCAGGGAAUUUUAAACCUUUUUUGAUAUUUUUUUUUUCUUCUUUAUGCAUAUUUGUAAGUCAUCUUAUAGAAAAUAGAUUUAGUUAACCCAAUGAUGCCAGUGUUAUUUUAUAGUGCUAUUAAUGUACUAGUUACUGUUUGCUAUUUUGUUUAUAAAUAUGUACAGAGUGCAUCAACUAGAUAAAAAAAAAGGAAA